CCCGCGCUCCGCCGCGGCGUUCAGGCUGUUCCUGGCGCCAGACGCGCAUCGUACCAUCAUACUCCUGCUGCCUCAUCACUACAACACAACACGCCCGACGGGGCAGCCCCGGCAUGCCGACGACGCGGCCGCGAUGGUCCAUUGAAGGCACUCAGUGGCCCGCGCCGCAAAAUACAGUGAGAGAGCCGCGCGAGCUCCUCUCGAAUGACGAGCGAGAAGCGAUGCGCAAGACCAUUGAAGAUGCCGACCGCGCGGCCGAAUCUGCACUGAGCACGACGCAGCGCCUGCACCAGCGCUUGCAGGGCCUCGAGGACCAGGGCUUCGUGCCAGCGGCUCCGGAAUACCGCAGUUCCGAGCGGAACCAGGCGGAGGUGGCUAUUUUGUCGCGAGGGGAUCGGCUCUCGGCGGCCCAAUUGCGGAACGAGACGCAGAAAGUACUGGAUGUGUGGUCUGCUGAUGAUGCGGAGCACUGGCGCGUCACGCACGUCUACGGGAAAGGUCGGGCAUCUCGAUUACGACGGAAGAAGGCUGGCGAACGGCAGGAGCUCGCCGAGACGCGACGACUGGAAAGACCGGACGAAGAGGGCUCGUUCUCUACGAAAAAGUCGAGGGCGUCGCGCGGGUCUCGAGAUUCGAGGAGCGGUCUGACCACAAGGCAGACGGGAACGACGUCGGUGACGAGCGGCCCGCGCAUCGCUUCCGCGGCGGAAUUGGGCGUCGAACGACCGCCCGAGCUCCGAGCUCUGAGGCCGGCCUUCUACCGGCGCACUCUAGGUGGCGAUUUAACACUGACGGAGGAGGGCGACGAGGCCUCGACCGCGCCGCCCUCUCCGAUAAAACCCGAGGUCUCGACGAUAACAGAAGGUAAAGAGACUGAAACAAGGGCCUCCUUGUCCUCAUUUCAGUCGGAGGCGUCCUCCACAACCUCGAAGUGGAAGUCGAGGUUCCGCAUGGCGGCGAAGAAGGCCGCUGCCUUAGAAAGUGUGGAUAGCGACGCGCCUCCUCCAAUCAACACUUUAGCGCUGGCCGUGGCCGCCGCUCGCAAGGCAGCUUUAAAACCCCAAAGAAGGGACCUGCAGUUAUUAAGAGACGCCUCGAACAUCUUAAGGCGCUUCCAGACGUCGUCGGUCAUCGACAUCGAGCACGCAUUGCUCGACGCUGCGAGAAGUGUCGACGAAAAAAGAGCGGGCACGGACGAGGCCCUGGACAAAGCCGAUGACUUGCAGGACUCUUGUGCUGCGGUGCGGGACGCCCUCUUGUUAAAUGAGGAGCCGCCGGCGCGCCUGCCCGCCGAGGACGUGAAUGAUGCUCUGGGCAUGGCGACUCGAUUAUCCUCGAACUUCGGGCCUUUAUGUGAUGCGGUUUUACAGCAUAUCAGUGAGACGCAACAAACCAUGAUGGAGGGGGAGGAGACCGCUUCAACCAUACAAACGGGCGAAGCAUGGUCCAAGAAAGCGGCGGCCGUGUCAGACGCGACCAAUGAGUUGCUGGACGCGUGUACGAGCUUCGCCAAGUACAUGCGCGACGCCGAGCUGAACGCGCCGUUCCAGGCGUCCGCGGCGGUCAUCAUGUUAGCGGUAAGAUGGCGCCGGCGCGCGCGGCGCCGCGCCGCCGCGCGGCGCGCGGCGGCGCCCGCGCCCGCGCCCGCGCCCGCGCCCGCGGAGGAGGCGCGGGCGCCGCCGCCGCGGCGCCGGCGCAAAAAGAACCGCGCCUACGCCGACGCGGCGGCGCGCUGGCGUGGUAGUAUAGCGGACAUCGCCGACCAGCGCCGCGACGAGGCCGAGGAACUGCGGCGCACGGCGCUGCUGGCGGCGCAGCAGGACGACGCCGAAUUGGCGGCUUUGAUGGAGGAGGAUCAAGACGAGGAGGCUCCUGCACCUGCUCCUGCUGCUCCGGCGCCUCUGAAACGAGAAAGGAGCACCCGCAGUACUACGACGCCGCGCUACGUCAAGAAGGAAAUGAGCGAAAAAGAAUUGUCUUUGAAGGACCACAUCGGCGGCGUGGCUGCUAGGCGGAUUGAUGCGCUUUAUGAUCGCCUCGGAGACGUCACGGCCAAGCUCCCCGUCGUACUAGAUGAUAUGACAGAAGACGCGACCGUAGUAUCAUCCUCCACGACGGCAACAACAAAAGUGAAGAACCAGCCGAAACGAGUACGGUUAAGUGUCCUGGAGGACCUCGCGGCGGUCGCGGGGAUUAAUGUCCCUGGACAAUUACGACUGGAGGAACUUUCAGUGAGGUGCCACGAGCACCGUGCCAGUGAGGAAUCAGUGAGACACGGCAACCAAAAGAAGAAGCUCGAGGACAUCCAGCAUCUCGGCGGGACUUGUGUCCCGCGGCAGAUCUGGACGAGCCACGUCCUGGAAUUGGCGGAGGACGCCUAUGCGAUGGAUUCACUAUUAGACGCCCUGGAGAAGGCGGCGACCAUGGGCUCAAAACGACGGCGGCGGCGCCUCGGUUUAUCAUCGAACAAGGGCGAGUCGAAGAUUCUGCUGGAGCAGCGGCGCUACUGGGGCCGCCACGCUAGUGAAGGGCCUUCGUCGCCGGGUCGAUUAAAGCGGCGCGCCGCGGCGCGGACCGCGAAGCUGCUCUCAGGUGUUGAUUUAUCCCUCGCCGACCGAAAUCUCGUCGCCGCCGCGGCGUCACACGUGGAGGAGGAGGACGACUUCUGGGAGCCGGAGCCCAUGCCAGCGCUCUUGCGGGACAAGUACAUCAAGCGCCCCCACCCGUUUGAGGGGUGAUUGGGUAAUUUGUGGUUAGUGUUGCUUUGCCUUGCUAGGCCGCCUAGCCGGGGCGAACGCGGGGUUUACAAUACUCGGCGAAACCCCAUUUUGAUCCCGCCGUAUGCGUAUGUAGAUAGGCCUACGUUCACGCGCGCAGACGAUAGCCGGGUGCCAAAACCCGAAUUAAGUACCCCACGCCUUGUAUAAAAGUAUGUAUAAGUAUACUACCUAUAGGCUGAAUUUGAACUACCUCGGCGAGCACGUCGACGCGGAUGCUUUGGCGGUCCUUCGCGGAUUACUUAAAUUAGAGUCGCUUGAGAUCCACGGUACUGGGAGAGAGAACCGCGGCUUCCAGAGAUUUUAUCACCUCGCCGGCCACCCGACGCUGCGCAAGUUAGACCUGGGAUACGCGCUCUUAACCGACGCGGACCUCACGUUUCUACCGUCUUUGCCCGAGCUGACAUACCUCGGUAUUCACUCUAACCUACCCAAGAGCAUGAUCGAGGACGUUACCAAGCGCUGCCCGAAGCUCAUCAAUCUCCCGCGCUACUAA